CUUUCCUACAUCUUCGUUUGAAAUCGAAUCUAAAUAGUCAUGGCUGAGCAAUCCGAAAUCCCUACCUUUAAGCUUGUCCUCGUCGGUGAUGGUGGAACCGGAAAGACCACCUUCGUCAAGCGUCAUUUGACUGGUGAAUUCGAGAAGAAAUACGUCGCCACCCUUGGUGUCGAAGUUCACCCUCUCCUCUUCCACACCAACUACGGUUCCAUCAUCUUCAACACCUGGGAUACCGCUGGUCAGGAGAAGUUCGGUGGUCUCCGUGAUGGUUACUACAUCCAGGGUCAGUGUGCUAUCAUCAUGUUCGAUGUUACCUCCAGAAUCACCUACAAGAACGUUCCCAACUGGCAUCGUGAUCUCGUCCGUGUCUGCGAAAACAUUCCCAUUGUUCUUUGCGGUAACAAGGUCGAUAUCAAGGAGCGCAAGGUCAAGGCCAAGACCAUCACUUUCCACAGAAAGAAGAACUUGCAGUACUACGAUAUCUCUGCCAAGUCUAACUACAACUUCGAGAAGCCUUUCUUGUGGUUGGCUCGCAAGUUGGUUGCUAACUCCAACUUGGACUUCGUUGCCGCACCUGCACUUGCUCCCGCUGAGGUCCAGGUCGAUGCCACUUUGAUGGCCCAGUACCAGAAUGAGAUGGAGGAAGCUGCUGCCCAGCCCCUUCCCGAAGAAGACGAUGACUUGUAAAUUUCUUGCGCAACAAAAAAAAACGCAGAACUGCUCUUCCUUGUUUUUCAGCAUUCACAAUACAGUUUAACACGUCCCUCUUAUAUGAUUCCAAAAAAUUGUCUGAAUCUUAUCUAUCUAUCUAUCUAUCCUAUCUUUUCUCUUUCUCUUUUAUAAUUUUUUUUCUAAUUUUUCACAUAAGCAUUUCCACCAAACAGAACAAACGAUCGAAUGAAUGAAUGAUUGAAUGAAUGAAUGAACAAAAAGAUACUAUUUUUUUUCUUCUUCUUUCUUCCCUCCCUUUCAACUUCUACCCCUCCCCUUAAACCCACCCCCUCCCCUACAAUUUCUCUCAAAGUUUACCUGCCCCUUCCCAAAGCUCCCCACAUAAAGAACUUUUUUUUUAUAAAAAAAAGCACAAAAAGGAAAUAACAUGUACAAUUUUUGUUUUGUCUAUAAAUUUUGUUGCAAGUUCUAACAUUUUACAUGAUUUCAUUUUCUUUUUUAAAGAAAAAUGUCAAUGUCAGUGUCAAAGAAAAUAAUAAUCACAAGAAAAACACAUGUGUGUGUGUUGUCACCCGUGAAAAAUCUCAAUAAAAAUAGAUAAAAACCC